CCGGUGUUGGCCAGUGUCCAGUAUUAAUAACUUUGUCUUGUUUCUGGUUUUGUGCUGUUUGAAUCGCUUAAGAAAGUUGCAUGAUGGCUAAUAAAACCAGUUUGAUACAGCAGCUGUUAAAAUGUGGAGUCUUCAACGUAGGAAACUUCAUUUUAAAAAGUGGAAUAUCUUCUCCAAUUUACAUUGAUUUAAGAAAGGUUAUCCAGUUUCCUGAUGUGAUUCUAGGACUCUCUAAAGCUGUUCGGAAUAAACAAAUUGAAGCAAAUAUCGAGUCCAGUGUUAUAUGUGGUGUACCUUAUACCGCACUACCAAUUGCAUCUGUAUACUCUGUUGAGUAUAAGAUUCCUAUGGUUAUGAAACGAAAAGAGCAGAAAACUUAUGGCACUAAAAAACUUGUUGAAGGGAUUUUUGAAACUAGAAUUAAGUGUCUAGUCAUUGAAGACAUAGUUUCCAGUGGAAUGAGUGUCAUUGAAACUGUAGAUGCAUUAAGAAAAGAAGGUUUGAUUGUUACUGACUGUAUUGUUAUUGUGGAUAGAAAACAAGGUGGUUGUGAAAACCUAAGUGAGCAUGGAAUCAAGCUAUACCCCUUAUUUAGUAUAACUGAUAUUUUCACUGAAUAUUGUUCAAUUAAUCGUAUAGAUGAUGGGCUUAUUUUAAAAGUUAAUACUUAUCUGGAACAGAAUGCUCACAUUCAAAUUGAGACUAAAUCCAAUUCCAAACCAUUUGGAGAAAGAGCCAAGCACUGCAAUAACCCUGUCUUGAAGAAAUUAUUUGGAAUAAUCAACAAAAAGAAAUCGAAUCUCUGCGUUGCAGUUGACAUUGUCGAUUGUCAACAAGUUCUAGAGUUGGCUAAACUUUUGGGCCCUCAUAUUUGUGUUUUGAAAACACAUGUUGAUAUUUUGAAAGAUUUCAGUAAAACAUUUAUUGCAGAGCUAACUAAAACAGCUCAGGAGUUUGAAUUUCUAUUAUUUGAAGAUAGAAAAUUUGCUGAUAUUGGUAACACCGUAAAGCAUCAAUAUAAAGAUGGUAUGUACGCUAUUCAGCAGUGGGCUGAUAUUGUGACUGUUCAUGGCAUUGCCGGAAGUGGAGUCAUCGACGCCCUGAAAAGUGCUGUGGGGAAUGAAGCCAGAGCUUGUAUUCUUGUGGCGGAAAUGAGCACGAAAGGAAAUUUAAUAGAUGAGACAUACACAAAAAGAAUAGUCGAAAUGGGUGAAAGGAAUUUGGAUUUUGUCAUGGGAUUCAUAAGUCAACAUAAGCUAAUUGAACAUGAUAGUUUAUUGCAUAUGUGUCCUGGUGUAGGAAUACAUGAAGAAUAUGAUAAACUAGGGCAACAAUAUAAAUCUCCAGAGAAGGCUAUUGAAGAUGGAGCGGAUGUAAUAAUUGUAGGUAGAGGAAUUACUCAAGCUGUGGAUGUUUCCAAAACUGCUAUUGAAUAUAAAAAUAGAGCAUAUGAUGCCUACUUAAAAUACAUAGCCAAAGAAACUAAAGUUUAGUGUUUAUAGAAGCAAAAUUUUGUGCCUUGGUAAAAUUUUAAUGCUUGCAUUUAUUUUUACAAUUUUAUAAUACUUUCAAAAGUAAUAUACAGUAUUUUUUCUCAUUUUUGUAUUAAUAAAUAAUUGUUUACUUUCA